UCCACCUUUAGCAUCGAUGGUUCCCCACCUCUAUUGACGAAAAGAGAAGAGUUGAUCUCGCGUAGUUUAUUUUAUUGAUUGCAUUGAAACGAAACGGAAAGGCGAAGGAGAGCUAAAGAGAGCAGCGACUGGAGCGAACGAGAGGGAGCCACUAGCCACCGGACCAGCGACAAUCGACUGUCGAUACUCGGCCAGAGAACAUCAUCCAAUCCAUUCGACCAUCGACGAACCAUAUCCACAUCCACAUCCGCCAGAGUUGCACACCGCAUCGGAUCACAAUCACAUCGGAUCGAAGCCCAUUUUUACCAAGUAGCCAAUCAUGGCCUGGCGAUUCAAGGCUUCCAAAUACAAAAAUGCCGCACCCAUUGUGCCCAAGGCGGAGGCCUGCGUCCGCGAGAUCUGCGUGGGCAGCUACCAGACGUACGGCAACAACAUCGCCGCCUCGGGCGCCUUUAUGGCCUUUAACUGGGAGCACACCGGGUCCAGCGUGGCGGUCCUGCCGCUGGACGACUGCGGUCGCAAGAGCAAGACCAUGCCGCUACUGCACGGCCACACGGACACAGUGACGGACCUCAAGUUCUCGCCGUUUCACGACGGCCUGCUGGCCACCGCCUCGCAGGAUUGUCUGGUUAAGAUCUGGCACAUACCAGAAAAAGGUUUGGAGCAGUCUCUCUCCGAUCCGGAGGCCAUAUUCUCACACAAGCAGCGACGCGUAGAGACGGUGGGCUUUCAUCCAACGGCUGAUGGCUUGAUGUAUUCUACAGCCGCCGGUUGCGUGGCUCUCUUUGAUCUCAGCACCCAGAAGGAGAUCUUCUCGAACAAUGAGCAUCCCGAGGUGAUACAGUCGGCCAGUUGGCGCGAGGACGGUUCCGUUCUGGCCACUAGUUGCAAGGACAAGUGUGUGCGGAUCUUUGAUCCCCGUGCUGCCGGUUCUCCUAUCCAGCUGACUGCUGAAUCGCACCAGAGCAUCAAGGAUUCACGGGUUGUGUGGCUGGGCAAUCAGCAGCGCAUCCUCACUACCGGCUUCGAUGCGGCCCGCCUGCGUCAGGUUAUCAUCCGUGAUGUGCGUAAUUUCAACACACCGGAGAAAACUCUCGAACUGGACUGCUCCACGGGCAUAUUAAUGCCGCUGUUUGAUCCCGACACCAAUAUGCUUUUCCUAGCCGGAAAAGGCGAUACAACCAUUAACUAUUUAGAGAUUACGGACAAGGAUCCGUAUUUGAUUGAGGGAUUGCGACACACCGGCGAGCAGACGAAGGGAGCUUGUUUGGUGCCCAAGCGGGCACUCAAAGUCAUGGAGGCAGAGGUCAAUCGAGUACUGCAACUGACCUCUAACAUGGUCAUUCCCAUCAUGUACCAGGUGCCCAGAAAGACAUAUCGCGAUUUCCAUGCCGAUCUCUAUCCGGAGACUACUGGUUACAAGACGGAUCUGGUGGCUGGGGAGUGGCUGAAUGGCAGCAACCAGGCGGUACCCAAGAUGAGCCUGGAUCCCGCCAAGCGCGAGCAUGGCGAUGAGCCUAUUAUUAUUCAUCGCGGUAACCUGAGCGAUUUCGUUAAGAACCUGGAGAAUCAGCGGGCCAAAGGCAUUACCACAGGCAAGCCAAUUUCUAAUCAGCAGGCCAAGCGCAACGAUAACGAGCACUUUGUGAUGUUGAGUAAGGGCAAUAACUUUGAGGAAAAGAACGGCAAUGACAACAGUAACGAGAGCAAUGGAAAGAAGAGCACACCCUCGCAAUCGCAAUCCCAGCCUGAUGGCGAGUGCAGUGAGCUCAUACGCAAAUUCGAAGCCAAAUACAAGGUGGAUUCGGAGAAGGAAAAGGCCCACGCCCAGUCCCAGGAGGAUGAUAAAGAGUCGCCCACCGAGCAGGAGCAUUCGACGGGCAGCAGCGAGGAGGUCUCCUCGUCUGGGGGCCUGGACAAUCACUCGGCCAGUGGUAGCCACUCGCCACCGAAGCCCAUGCCGCGUACUUCGCGCAACAAUUCCCUGCCAGAGGCCAGCGAUUCCGCUGGGGAAAACAGUUGUACCACCACACCACGCCCGAGGCCACGCACCACCGCUGCGUCUGCCUACAAGCCACGUCUGGGUCCGAAGCCUUUCUCCAGCACCACAGGUGACGUGUCAUUCGACAAGGUUUUUGCCGUGCCCCUGGCACCGGGAUCCCAUGAGAAUAUCUCGAACGUGGGUCAGGACAGUGCAGUAGAGAUGACACCCGCCCAGGGGGUCAAACCGGAUCUCAUUGUGGAAAUCGAAAUCAAAAAGAAGCACGAAAGGGAACCCGCGGUGGCCGGUAAUGGAGUCCAGAAAUCGCUGACCACUUCAGAGCGCCGCAAGUCCUCGGCUGACGAUGAUGAAUCAUCCGACAAGAUAUUCGAGCAGAACUCGGAGUCGUCAGAGACUUCGAUGGAGGGCGAGGAUCGCACGGGUGCGGACCUACAACGUUUAUCCACCUCCAGGAGCAGCUUUGCUGAGCGGCGUCGCAUAUAUGAGAAUCGCUCGAAGAGUCAGGUGGACGAGAAGCCUCAGUCGCCAGUGCCAUUACGUCGUGAGCACUCCAAGGUGGAGCCACUGAAGCCCAGCCAACAGCAGCAGCAGGGCAACGUGAUCGACACCAAACGCAUAUCGGUGCCGGAGGGCAAGCUAAUGGAGGAGCACCGCCGAGGAAAUGGCGCUGGACUAAAGAAAUCCGCCACGGAGGCGGCUUUCAGUGCUGCCAGUACAAAGCGCACCUCCACCGUUUUCGGCAAGGUGUCCAAGUUCCGCCAUUUGAAGGGCACUCCCGGUCACAAGUCCACGCACAUCGAGAACUUGCGCAACCUGAGCCGCCAGAUUCCUGGCGAGUGCAAUGGCUUCCACGCCAACCAGGAGCGCGUUGCUGUGCCACUUUCCGGACCCGGCGGCAAGAUCGCCAUCUUCGAGUUGAGCCGACCUGGACGACUGCCCGAUGGAGUCAUUCCCUCGCUCGUAAACGGCAGCAACAUUAUGGACUUCCAGUGGGACCCUUUUGAUGCCCAGCGAUUGGCCGUGGCCUGCGACGAUGGCAUCGUCAAGAUCUGGCAUAUUGAAACCGGCGGAUUGAGUGAGCCGACAAACACACCCGCCGGCGAGCUUACCGCUCAUCUGGACAAGAUCUAUUUUAUACGCUUCCACCCGCUGGCUGCUGAUGUUUUGCUUACCGCCAGCUACGAUAUGACCAUUAAGCUAUGGGAUUUGCGCACCAUGAGCGAGAAGUGCUCGCUAUCGGGGCACACAGAUCAGAUCUUCGACUUUGCCUGGAGUCCUUGUGGCCGGUUAGGCGCUACCGUGUGCAAAGAUGGCAAAAUUAGGGUGUAUAAUCCGAGGAAAUCGGAGACACCCAUUCGGGAGGGCAAUGGACCGGUAGGCACUCGCGGAGCUCGAAUAACCUGGGCGCUGGAGGGACAUUACAUCGUUUGCACUGGCUUUGACAAGGUUUCGGAGCGACAGAUCAGCGUGUACAAUGCUCAAAAGCUGUCGGCGCCAUUGAACACGGCUAGUUUGGAUGUGUCGCCCUCGAUACUAAUUCCCUUCUACGACGAGGAUAGCUCCACUCUGUUUGUCACGGGCAAGGGCGAUUCGACGAUCUACUGCUACGAGAUCACCGACGAGGAGCCGUACAUCUGCCCGCUGUCGCACCAUCGUUGCACCUCGCUGCACCAGGGCCUCAGCUUCCUCACCAAGAACCACUGCGACGUGGCCAGCGUGGAGUUCUCGAAGGCCUAUAGGCUGACUAAUACCACAAUUGAGCCCCUGAGUUUCACAGUGCCCCGCAUCAAGAGCGAGCUGUUCCAAGACGACCUGUUCCCACCCACACGCAUCACCUGGAGCGCCACGCUAAGUGCCGAAGAUUGGUUUGCCAGCAACGACAAAGCGGCACCCAAGGUUAGCCUCAAGCCGGAGGGUAUGGAGACAUUAUCUUCCAUACAGCAAGUGCCAGCGCAGCCCAUUAAGAAGCCGGAUCACCCCCAGUUCGGUGGUCAGAAGUCCGAGUACGAGAUCAACAAACAACAGGAGAUCCAGAAGUCGGUUAGUGCGCGCAUGGAGUUCACCACCAAGCUGGAGCAGGACGACAUGGAGGGCGUGGACGAGAACGAGUGGCAGGAGUAGCAGUGUAGCCAGCGGCUGCAGCGGACAUGAACCAUGGAAAUCAGUUCACAAUUUAGCGUUUAACCAAGGGGCGUAAUUUUUUACCAAUCUAGACAUGAAGCGGUAUCAUGACAAAACAGAAAAAUGCUCGACAUAUAAAUAAGCCGAAAGCAAAAAACUAACACAGUUCCCACACUCAAGUACACACACCCUCAUCCCUCAUCAUCCCCUGCAUUCAGUUCCUUGCUUAUCCGCCAAUUACUGCAGUUGCUCAAUAAUGGCCAAAUUACAAAUUAUAAGCCAGUUUUGUUCGUUGUUUAACGUUUAUUUUUGUGUUUUUUUUUUUGUAUUUUGUGUGUGUAUUUUAAUAUUUGAUUUACCCAUAUAUGUUUGUGUUUUUUGUGUGCUAUUUAAGUAGUUAGUCCAAAAUUAGUUUAGCCUAUUUAGGUGUUUACACUUACAAUUAAUUUCCUGGGUUCUCCUGUGUCCUCCAGAUUGUGUGGCCAUAAAGGAAAAGUGAGGAGAAGGACUUAGCUGAUACUACUUUUACAUAUACGUAUAUGUAUGUAUUUCCCUCUCAGUUUUUUUCAUGUUUGCAUGCGAGUGAAUGAGAGAGAGUGUGUGUGUGUCUCUGUCUGUCUGUCCCUCUCGCAUCAUUUCACCCCCUUUCUACCACCACCACCCCACUCCAUCCCAUUCAUAAGAUAAACCCGCCCAAAUCGGGACGAUGAUGCCCCCACAAACAUCUCUUCUAGUCUUUCGCAUCGCUCGAAUCCCUUAAGAACCGCCAUCAUUCCCUAACCGAAGGCAAGAAACAAAAACAUAGACUGUAGCCAAAAAUAAUGCUGAUAAUUACAAUCAAGCCAGACCAUUUUUGUACUGUAUAAUGCGUAAAUCAAACAUACUGCAACAGCCGAAUCAAACCGAAAAGACAUGCAAAUAACAAUUCCAAAAUGUAUAACGAAAAGACUUGAACAACGGAUGGGUCAGUUGCCCAGCUGCCCAACUCCAUCCUUUGAAUCCUCCUCCCCAAACGUCCCCCUACUAACGCAAAAUAUUAAGAAAAGAAAGUGGAAAAUUAGAAAGGGGAAAAUAAUAAGUUGCCAUUGAAACGUGAACGGCAAUAGAACGUAACUCGAGUAGCAUACCCAUAGGCAAUAACGUUUUGUACUUGCAAUAGAAUUAUACAUUUACACAUAUACAUGAUAUAUUAUAUUUUAUAUAUUUUGUAUACCAAUCAUAACUAAAUAGGCCAAGAAUUCGAA